AUGAAGGUGUGCGCUGGCGGUGCCCCUAUACAGCACGUGACCGGCGCGCGCCUUCUCGGCUUCCACCUCGAUAGCGCGCUAACUUGGGAGGCGCACAUCGACCAACUGUGCAAGAGGCUGGGCAGUGCGUGCUUCGCGCUACGGCGACUGACAAUGACCGCCGGAAAAAAUGCGGUGCGCGAGUGUUAUUUCGCGACAGUGCACUCGCUCCUGACUUACGGCGUGGAGCUGUGGGGCCGCGCCUCUGACUGGAGGCGUGUGUUCUCUCAGCAAAAGCGCGCCAUCCGCGCGAUGUCGGGUAAGGCGGAGGAUGCCCCGGCGCGUGACCUUUUCCGGGAGUUGAAGAUCCUGCCCCUGCCUUGUUUGUUCAUUUACCAGGUCUCCAUUUUUACACACGAGCACCAAGAUAUGUACAAGCGCAGGGGCAUUAACUCAAACUAUAACCUGCGCAGCAAUAGACUCCACAAUAGGUUGGUCGCCGAGCAGCACAAACUCGCCAAGUCCGAGCGUUCAGUUUAUAUUAUAGGCCCGUCGAUUUACAAUCGCCUGCCGAACUCGGUAAGAGAUGCAGUUUCAACAGCGGCUUUCAAGGUCAGACUUAAGAUGUGGCUAACGCAAGAGUCAUUCUACUCGUAUGACGAUUUUUUUAGUCUACCAAUCGUUGACAAAUUGUAA